UCCGGAUAAUUUUCAACAAAGCUCUUCUUUUGAAAAUGAUAUUAUGUUAUCAGAAUCAUCUCAUUCAUCUCGUUACUCUAGUCAAAGUAACUUGAGUGAUUUAGAUGAAACUGUCAACAUAUCGCAAAUACGACAGGGUUUAAGUUUAUUUCGAAAGAAAAUAAUUGCUGACGUAAAAAAAUUCCUUCACGAUAAUUGUCGUGGGGCACCAACUUCAACACGUAGUGGAAAAGUGAAAAUAGAUGAGAUUCUUCUCGACGCAAAAUACUUUUUAAGAGCUCUCUCAGUGAAAAAAAUGAGAUUGCGAGCAAACCGGCUAAUGCGGGCUUAUUGGUCUGACGAAGAAAGAGACCGUCUUAUUACUCGAAAAAAUAAAAGAUUUCCAAUGGCAAGAAUUGUCAGCUCGCAGAAUUACAAUGAUCUCAUUCAUUUGUGUUAUUCACUACAAAAAAGGAGAUUUUUGCCGCAUACGUCAAAGCAUAAUCCUGAUAAACAUUUAUACCAAUGGGUAAUUGAUUUUCUGAAAGUUGACCAAGCUACAAGAAAAAAACAAAAGGAAACCGAGAAAAAUGGCGCUCGAGGAGUGAGGUCAAGUUCUGUUUAAACAACAGAUUUACGAUUUUUAUUUUACUUUUCUAAUCAUUUUAGUAUUUUUUUACAUAACUGAGUAUAUUUAAAAAUAACAGAUAAUUUUUAAUUAAUAAUGAAAGAUAAUGUUGUUAUAAU